GUCACAGGGGUGUUGUUCUAUUGGGAGUGCAUAAAACUCAAGAUUGAAUACAGCAGAGCUCAUUUCAACUGAAAUACACCAGAGAGAGAUAGAGAUAGAGAGAUAGACAGAGAUAGAGAUAGAGAGAUAGAGAGAGAAAUAUACACACAACUACGAGAGAGAUCAGAGAUCAGAGAUCAAAGAAGAGACAGAAAAACCAAAGUUACACCUGCUCAUCUAAAACAUGUCUGAACAGACACAGAUUUCUGAUUUCAAUCAAAUGGAUGAAAAACCAGAGAGCAUGAAGGAAACCUUCAUCGCUCCUGGGUUCUCCACAAAACCAGCAGAGAUGAUUGAAGAGCUGAUGAACUGUGAGGAUUUGUUCCAGGACAAAGACCUCACCUCCCGUCCCAGUUCUACUCCCAAAGACAAGGAGAGCUUAUACUCUCUGUCUCAGAGUUCCCUGGACGAGGACCGCGUGUCCAUAGCCACCUCUGUGUGGUCGUCUCCUGACUCAGACAUCUCUGAGAGGAUCUCCCAUGACGUCCAAUCAGAGGAGAGCAGGAGAGCGUCCUCCACUGGCAUCAAGAAGAUGUCUGAUUUCAGUCAAACUGACGAAGAGGCAGACGAGCUGAUGGAGUGUGACGACCUUUUGGAAGAUGAAGCCAUGGACUUGCGUCUCGCUUUGUCUUUCCUAAAUGAAGAGCGCUCUCACACUCUGUCUUGGGGUUCCCUCAGCUGGGACAGCAGGAACACAUGCUACUGGAGUGACAGACCUUCCUCCUCUGCUUCCUCUUCCUCUGCCAACUCAGCCCUGUCAAAUGUGACCGAAGAGGAUGCUGGGACUAUGACAGGCAUCAAUGCUCCUGUUGAGGAACAACAAGUCCAUCCAGAGGAGACAGAAGAUGAGAUCCAAACUCCAAACUUUGGCAGAUCUGCACUUCAGGAGGAUAAAAUCACCUCACCUCAGAGCCAAACAAAGGCUGGAUCUGUGAUCCAGGUGGAGGUGAGAAGAUUUUGUCCAAGACCUUCAGAUGAUGAAGAUUCAUCAAUCCAGGAGGAAGCAGAGGCAGGAGAGGCCAAACCAAAAGAACCAAGUGACUUUGUAACCCCUGCCAGCUCCAAGACCACCAUCUCCACCAGGGGGAAGUUCUUCCAAUGGAUGAAGAAGAACAAAAUCCACCCCCUUGAGGUUGAUGUGAGCACUGGACAGAGCAUAAAGAGCUCAGACUGUCCUCCAGAGACUUGCUCCUCUGUUGAAGAGGACACAGGAAAAGUCAGUGCUGAGCCAAAGACAAAGAAGGGCAAUAGAUUCAUACGAUUCUUCAGAGGCAUCUUCUCAAAGAACGAGAAGAAGCUGAAGAAGAAAGAGAAGAUGGAGAAUGGGCAGAAAAAGACGUGUGCAGAACAUCGUGUCACGCUGUCUCCAUUCAGCUGGUUUGCAGCAGUGAGAUGAAUCACAUGAACCCACCCAUAACCCCCCUCUUCCAUUUCACUCCCUCCUCCACAACUCUCUCCCAUUUCCGGUCACCCCGACCCUCCAUUCCUCUCAGACUUUCUCUUUCUGCAUAUUACAAUAAAAAUAUUGAUAUCCAA